AUGGCAAAAUGUUUUGAGACCAUCAAUCUAAUUCAUCCAACUAAGGAAGUGGAGAAGAAAUUCAAUUUGUCAAAACAUUUGAAUUUAUAUAUAAAAGUAGAAAAAUUUCUGUGCUUAUCUAUGAUCGCCUCAUUCAUAAUUUUUAAUUUUUCAUCGGUUAUCGCUUCAGUAGUUCAUUGGUGGCACAAUGGAAAAUAUUUAUAUUUAAUGCAAAUGCCUACUGUCUUUCCAGUACCUCUAAACGAAAGCUUUUUGGAAUACAUCAUCUAUUUCAUUUUAGAGUCUUGCACAGAUUUUCUGAUGGUAAUAUCAACAUUAUCCUGCGAUAUUUGUCUUGUAAGCGUUGUAUCUAUACUCUGUCUGCAUUUUGACUUAUUAUCGCAAAAAAUUUUGGAACUAAAACCAAAGGAAAAUGAAAGUCUAAAUAAGUUAGUGAAUAUCGCCAAACAACAUAAUGUCAUACUGAGACUUGCAAAGGAUUUCGAUAAUUUAUUUUCACCUUCUAUAAUAUUCAGCCUCUUGUCGUCCUCUUUUAUACUCUGUUUCUGUACUUAUCAAGUGUUAGAUGAGACCGCGUUUAUCGGGAUCUUUAAAGCUUUCGUAUUAAUUGUCUAUGAAAUGAAACAAGUUGUGCUGAUUUGUUACUUUGGACAAAAGCUAAUUGAUGCGAGCUCACAAAUUUGUCAUGUACUUUACAUGCACAACUGGGUGGAUGGUUCCUUGAAGUAUAAAAAAAUUGUUUUAUUUAUGAUGAUGUGCACCCAACGUCCGUUCACAUUGAAUGUUGUAGGCAUUUCGAACAUUUCAAUGGAAACAUUGAAAGGAGUAAGACAAUUUUUAUUUUUUCUAGAUAAAAUUCAAGCAAUAAAUCAGCAAACACAAUAG